CCCCAACAUUCUCUCUCCCCCUCUCCGACUGAUCUUCAUCCUUUCAACUCAGGAAUCUCUCUUUAUCCUGAGUCCUCAUCCCGUCCCGUAUGGCUGCCCGAUGACGAUCGACACUUCUCUUGGCGCUUUCUCCGGCUUCUCCGCGCCUCGUGUUUAUUUGUCUGCCAGCCUCUCUCUUUCUUUCUCGUUCUCGUCGUUCGCCUUUUUCGGGCCCUCCACUUGAGCCUUUAGGUCUCCCCCUUCUUUGACUUCCGAGCGCAUUGCUGGCAUAGUCUAUCCAGACCAGGACUUCCCCUCCACGUCCCAUGCCGAAGGUUGACGCUGCGGGGGAGGGGGACGCUGUUUCAGGGCUGCCUCGAGGCCCCGUUGAGGCCCGCUCGUUAUCCUCCAUCACAGCCAUCGCCUCCAAUCCUCCGGCUUACCCCCGCAACCCCGCGCAGAAAAAGUUGGACCCUUUAGUCCUGUACAUCGUGCGCGUACCCGGCAGUAGAGAUGUCUUUCUCACUCCCUUGAAACCCCCGACCAAAUCGAGCGUAUCCGCGGAGGCUAUCAAUGCCUCCCUCUAUUAUUUGCACGUCGCAACACCCGAAGACGAGGCCCUUCUUCAGGAAUAUGAGCAAGAGCGCGAAGAGGAGGCCAAACUGCGCAAAGAAGUCCUUGGGGGCGAAGCGCAACCGCCUCUUCUUGCAGACCCGCAUCUGGCGCGGUUGAAUAACGUCAGGCGCAAGCCUGUACCAGGCGCUCCGAAUGCGCCUGCUGCGACCAACGCAGAAGCCAAUGUCGCAUCUCCUCCGCUUCCAGCUCGGCCGCUCCCGACGUCGUGGAAUUCGCAGGAAGCCCAAUCUCCAACCCCGAAUCCGGAUACUCUGCAACGCCCCUAUCUGCCUUUCCGUCCUAGCUUCCCAGGAACGUUACCGGGUGAUUCCUCCCCGAUUACAUCUCCGCACAUUCUGUCAUUGGACGAUCGCGACACCGGUCUGCAGCUCGUUACGGGAGAUAGUAUGAAUGUGGAGAAUGCGCGCCCACAUAGGCACCUUCCUGCAGUCCCGCAGGAAGAACCUGCAACUAGUGACGCUGGUCAAGCCAAGAGAUCCAACCGGUGGAGCGCGGCAUUGUCGGGCUACAUAUCCCGCGGGCAGGAAAGCUGGAAGGGCAAAUACGAGGCUCUAUCAUCCAGUCGCAAUAGCUUAGACACUAGGCGGCCUCAAAUUCGACCUCAAAUUCGACCACACUCAGCCCAUGGGAGUCCGUCGCGCUCUUAUCAGGGAUCGCCUGCACGGAGCCCAGGCCAGUCUCCGAACCGAAGACCGCAGGAGCGCCAGACCCGCGAGGCCCCCGGAUUUCACAUCACUCUCAUCCGGCGCGAUCCAACACAUGGCAGUCAAUGGAAUGUCGCAACAAUUUCGACCCCAGGCUUGGACGGUAGCGCAUUCGACAUUGAGAUUUCCACUCCAGGCUACAAUCGAUUCCUCGCGCAGGAUGAGCCUUUCUCCCUCGCUAGUCUGGGCUUGAACCUCCCCAAAACAGAUGGGCGACCACCGUCACUGGCAUCGUUCAAGCUUCCUGCUUCUAUUCCGCCUGGCUUCCUGGACCCUACCCCGAGCCCGAAUCCAACGUCUGCCGCGAACAGCCCAUCGCAACCUCGGCGUUUUCGCCGCAAGCUCUGCGUCUCCCGGCCAUAUAUCCAAGACGAGCCCCGAGGGGGCUCCUUGGACUUGGCCCGCUCGACGCUCGAUCAUGGUGCCAGCGGCAGCCCAUCCAAGCCCCUACCUCCUGGUAUGUCCAAGCUCAAGAGCGGCUACUACACCUUCACAUCUCCCUGGAACGGAAUCUGCACUUUCUCCACCAGCGUCAACGGCCGUAGCCUGAAAUGCAAGCAUAUGAUCCCCGGGCCUGGGGUGCCUCACCACACCCACAGCAGAAGCAACGACAGCCACCAUCACCCUUUCCCCGCCUCUGCAUCAGCGGCCCAGCACCCCGAAUCGCCCGCCAUAACUGUUGCUGAAAUCCGCUUCAACACGCCGUUCCAAGCCGGACACCUCCACCAAGCACCGGGCCAUUCGCACGUCUCCCCCUUCGCCCUCAGCCAAACGACCCCAUUCCGCGACCUGGCCAACCCCCAACAAUUCACACCCCCCGGCGAACCCAGCUACCUCACCUCCCCGCAAACCCCGACCUCCGCCACCUCCACCACCUCCAAACGCAACUCCCUCGCGCAAUUCCUCAACCCAAACACCUACACCCGCCCUCGUGCCCGCUCCGGCGCCAGCACCUCAAGCGUCGGAACCAGCGGCGGCAGCGGAGACCGUCCGCACCGACAGCACGCCCGACACCCCUCCACCAGCAGCAGCACAGGCAGCGAGCCCGGCGGCGAUCUCGAUGACCCCCACGAAAAGGAGAAUGAAUCCUCCCUCCUCCGCCGGCGCGCCAGCGAAGACGAACGGCUGGAUUUCUCCCUCGCCCGCGAACGCGCCGGCGGCGGCAUGCGCGGCAAAUCCGCCAAGCUCGGCAAGUUGAUCAUCGAGGACGAAGGCAUCAAGAUGUUGGAUCUGGUUGUCGCCGCUUGUAUGGCUGUUUGGUGGCGCGGGUAUUAUUACUGAAGAAAACCUAUAAAUAUGAAGUUAGGGUUUCUUCUAGUGAUGCGAGGUAUCCUUUUCUUUUUCGUCAUCACUAGGAACCGACCAUUUACCGUUGUAUAUUCAUUGCAUCCAUCUAGCUUAUCUCUUCUUAUAUUUCUGCAUGUAUCUAUCUAGUCACCUACAUAGGUUGCAUUCUGGCUAUCUGGUCGGUCGAUCGGUCGGUUUGUCUUUGGUCGUGCCUUUCUCCUUCCACUUCCGCUCUUUUUCUCCGGGUGGGUAAGAAGAUGAGGGGAUGGAUGGUUGGUUGAUGGUUGAGUGCUCGGCUUGGUUUAGCUUUCUGCAUAUGUUUUCCGGAGGGCC